GUUUCGUGAGUGAAGAAUCUGCUGCGUCGCUUCCUCUACUGUGAUCUGUACUUCCGGGAUACGCGCUCCACUGUUUUCUACAUGUUUUGCGUCUUAUUUAGCGCUUUAUUUUGUUAUUAUUCCACAAAUUAAGUCGGAACUUGUCAUAGCGGACAAUUAAGUUUUCGAAAUUCCCUAUGAUAACGUAACGAGGACAGCGAGGCUGGUGGCGGAGACGCCACGUCACACACCGACAGAGGAGACGGAUUUAACCCCAAAGAAGUCUGACUGAUCCGCCUGAAGCUGCCAGAGUCCAGCCGUUCGGCUUCUGGUAUUUUUUUUCUUCAACAAAUCGACUUAUUAGUGGGUCAAAAAUGACGGCGUCGAACUAUGGCCUCAUCAUGAACGUGGUGAACAGCAUCGUUGGAGUGAGUGUGCUCACCAUGCCUUUCUGCUUCAAACAGUGUGGGAUAUUUUUGGGAGCUUUGCUGCUGUUCAUUUGCUCAUGGAUGACCCACAAGUCUUGCAUGUUCCUGGUCCACACAGCCAGCCACACGAAACGGAGGACUUAUGCAGGCCUGGCUUUUCAUGCUUAUGGGAAACCAGGAAAAACUCUGGUGGAAAUGAGUAUGAUCGGUCUGAUGUUGGGGACCUGUAUCGCCUUCUACGUUGUCAUCGCGGAUUUGGGCUCAAACUUCUUCGCUCAGCUGCUUGGGUUGCAGGUAACGGGCGGUUUCCGCGUGCUGCUGCUGAUCGCCGUGUCUGUGUUCAUCGUUCUUCCUCUGAGUCUGCAGAGGAACAUGAUGGCGUCCCUGCAGUCCUUCUCAGCCAUGGCGCUCAUGUUCUACACCCUCUUCAUGUUCACGAUGGUGCUGUCUUCGUUCAAACACGGGCUGCUCAGCGGCUGGUGGCUAGGGCAGGUCAAUGUGGUGCGCUGGGAGGGCGUGUUUCGCUGUCUCCCCAUCUGUGGGAUGGCCUUCGCCUGUCAGUCGCAGGUGCUCCCGACCUACGACAGCCUGGAGGAGCCCUCGGUCAAACGCAUGAGCACCAUCUUCACCUCGGCUCUCAACGUGGUCACCGUCUUCUACAUCACCGUGGGCUUCUUUGGCUACGUCAGCUUCACAGACAACAUCGCGGGCAACGUGCUGAUGAACUUCCCGUCCAACCUGGUGACCGAGAUGAUCCGCGUCGGGUUUAUGAUGUCUGUGGCUGUCGGAUUUCCCAUGAUGAUCCUGCCCUGCCGCCAGGCCAUCAACACCAUGCUCUUUGAGCAGCAGCAGAAGGACGGGACAUUUGCUGCCGGGGGUUACAUGCCCCCCCUGCGCUUCAAGAUGAUCACCCUCUGCAUUGUUUUCGGCACCAUGCUGGGAGGCAUUCUCAUCCCCAACGUGGAAACCAUUUUGGGUCUGACGGGAGCCACCAUGGGCAGCCUGAUCUGCUUCAUCUGUCCCGCCCUCAUCUACAGGAAGAUCCAGAAGAGCGGCUUCCUCUCUCAGCUGGUGCUCUUCGUCGGCCUGGGAAUCCUGCUCAUCAGCACCUUCACCACCCUGUCGAUUUCCGCCGGCACUCCCGGAUACAAGGUCCGCCCUCCUCCCCCUCCGGCUCGCGGCAAGAGCAGCACGCCCGUUCCAGACCUUCCCGAAGCGCAUGACAAGUCACCACUUAAGAAGCCCGUGGAUAUAAAAAAGCCUGAACUUGUACCUGCGGGGGGUGGAGAACCGGCAGAGAGGGGUCAAGCGGAGCCCCCACAGAUCAAAGGACCUCUAGAAUCAUCUGAGAAGAAAAAAGAGGACACCUUGCAGCUGGACCGCCCGGAUGCUGGCGUCGCCGUGCCGGAGGGAGACGCACACCGCCACGAGCCGCCCAUCCCUCACGAUAAGGUCCAGGUAGACUCCAGGAAGAAUGACGAGGAGCUGGAGGAGGACAAGAAGCAGCCUCUCCCUCCUGGAGGAGCCGUCCAGGAAGUCGCCGGGAUGAAAGAAAAUGGAGGAAAUCCUCCGAAGGUUCCGGACAAGGAGGUGAAGCAGGAGGUGAAGCAGGAGGUGAAGCAGGAGGUGAAGCAGGAGGUGAAGCAGGAGCAGGCUGCCGUGCAGAAAGACAAACUGGAACCAGACGGCCGGGUCAAGUCCAGUGAGGUGCUGGAGAAACCUGCUGAAAAGAAGCAGGACGAAGCUCCACGAAAAGAGGAGGAGCUUAAAGAGGCUGGAGCUGGGAAUGGAGGGGAAGUGGCCAAUCAGGCGGCGGCAGUAGUGGAAGAAGCGGGAAAACGUCCUGAAGAGGCUGGAAAAGCUCCGCCUCCUGAAGGAGAGCAUCGCGGUGAGGAGAACAAAGACACGGCAGACGAGAAGAUGGACGUGAUAAAAAAGCUGGUUGCAGAGGGCCAGAUGGACCACGCCAUGCUUCUGCAGGUCAUCAAGGAGCAACAGGAGCAACAGAAGAGACUCCUGGACCAGCAGGAGAAGCUGCUGGCCGUCAUAGAGGAGCAGCACAAAGAGAUCCACCAGAAGCAGCCUGCUGGCGGUGCUGCUGAUGGUGAAGCGGAGAAGGCUUUGGAAGGAGGAGCAGCCAAAGUUAAGGAGCCUGGAGAUCCAAAAGAGCCUGGAGCUCCUCAGCCUGAAGGAGACGGCGCUCACGGCGUGGAAACGGGAGUUAAAGUCCGGGAUGUAGAGGAAGCCGCUCAUAAAGAAGAUGCAGGUCUGGGACCUGGAGGAGAUUCUCACAAGCAGAGUGAGGUGGGAGCGAGGGGAGUGCCACUAGGAAAACUCAAACCUUCCAGUCCGCCAAAAAAUGAGGAGGUGAAAGAAGGAGAAAGAAGCAUCGAUGCAGAGAAAGAGGGAAUUGAGAAACGCAAACGAGAGAGUUUGGAGAACGAAAUGAAAGCCAGACUGGAGAAGGAGCAGCGGGAGAAGGAAAAACUGGAACGGGAGAAGGAGAUGGAGAGAGUCCGAAAAGAGAAGGAGGCGCUAGAACGGGAGAAGGAGCUGGAGAGAGUCCGGAAAGAAAAGGAGGCGCUAGAGCGGGAAAAGGAGCUGGAAAGAGUUCGGAAAGAAAAGGAGGCGCUGGAGAGAGAAAGACUUGAAAAAGAGAGGCGGGAAAAGGAAAAAUCAGAGAAUGAAAUCAAGGAAAGGGAAGUUCGGGAACAGCUGGAAAAGGAGAAAAGAGAGAAGCUCCUCCGAGAGCAGGAGCUGGAGAAAGCCAAGCAGGAGAAAAAGCCAGAAGAGAAGGAGGCGAUGAGAGGAAAGGAGGAACCGCCGGGAAAAGAUGGUCAGGAACGGCAAGCCAUAGACGCCAAAAACGGCAAAGAAUCCGAAGCAGAAAACGGUCAAGCUUUAAAGAAAAACGGUCGAGACCUGAAGGAGCAGCCGGUCCCGGAAGGAGGUGAAGGGUCACGCAAACUUGACGCCGAAAAGGGGAGGGAGCAGGGAGCGGUGGACCUGAGGCGGCGCCGCAGAGCGCUGCAACCAAAAGACGACUCUGCCGCCGCCAUGGGAGUCCGUGGGCUGGAGCCUCUGCUGGAGCUGGGGGGCGCCGACCUGCACGCCGCCCUGGAGGAUCAGCUGGUGGGCGGGGCCAUGGUGCACUCGCGGCAAAUCAAACAAGCCCCAGAGGAUGAUGGGACCAAAUGAGACUCCAGAACCGCCAAACGUCGACCUGGAGACCGAGAACGCUUUGAUACUGUGUAUUCUGAAGACAAUCCAAAGACAAAUGAUGUAAAUAUUAACUUAUUUUGAGUUACAGCGGAGAAGGGGUCAACUGUAAAUACAUCUAUGCAAAUCCAAUUAAAGGCGUAUUUUUAUUGAGCAAAUGUUAUAUUUAACGCGGAGGUUUUUGUGUUGUACAUUUUUAAUACUGGAGCUUAAACCGUCAUGUUGUAGCCUUAAUGUUUCAUUUGAACUGAAUCUGUCAAUCAUUUGAUUCCAGUAUUUAUUCCUUGUUGAUGUUUUAGUGCCUUCUUGGACCAAAUGCUGCAGGAAAAUCUGAAAUAUUUUUGAUGUUCCCAAAAAAAAAAAAAAACUUUAUGUGUCAGAAGUUCAUUCCAGAUCUUGACUUUGUACAAAGUAUUUUUCUAUGUGAAAUGUAUUUCUGUACAUAAGACCUAAUAAACUCUCCAUCACAUCAACCGUUGGUAAAAGAACAAAAA